AUGCGGCUCUUGUCAUCAAUCUGUCUUGUCCUCCUCCCGCUGCUGAGCGCCGUGCUGGCCAAAAGUGCUGUGGGAGACCGGGUCCUGGUCGUCCUGGAAGACGAAUCGCAAAAGGGACUCUAUUCGCAAUUCUGGGCUGAUCUGGAAGGGCGUGACUAUAAACUGUCUUUCCAGUCUCCCAGAAACGAAGACCUCUCACUCUUCAGACAUGGCCAGCUAGCCUAUGAACAUUUACUCCUCACACCUCCGAAAUCGAAAGGCUACGGUCCCGCCUUGACGCCCAAGAUACUGCUUGACUAUGUCAAUGCAGGGGGAAACGUCUUGCUUAGUCUGUCCUCCGACGCAGGCACACCUUCUGCCAUUUCCUCUCUCCUGCUCGAGUUUGACAUCUCCCUAUCCCCCGAUAAAUCGUCUGUUGUGGUCGACCACUUCAACUAUGACACCGUUUCCGCGGCCGAGAAUCACGACGUUUUACUACUCGAUCGCCCGGGCCAGUUGAGACCCGAUGCUGUCAACUUCUUCGGUGGUGACGGCACCCUAGCUGUGCCCAAAGCAGUCGGGCAGACGUUGGGGAACAGCAGUCCUCUCCUAGCGCCGAUUCUGAAGGCACCCGUCACGGCAUAUGCAUAUAAUCCGAAAGAGGAGGGCGAGAGCGUGGAAGAGCCCUUCGCCACAGGUUCGCAGUUGUCGCUUGUGUCGGCAAUGCAAGCCCGCAAUUCUGCCAGAUUCACUGUCCUCGGCUCGCUGGAAAUGCUUCAAGACAAAUGGUUCGAUGCGUCUGUGAAAUCACCGAGCGGAAAGAGUGGCAAGACUGUGAACAAGGAAUUUGCAAGACAAUUGACCGAGUGGACCUUCCAGGAGGUCGGCGUUCUCAAGGUCUUCCAUAUCCAACAUUAUGAGAUCAAGCCGUCAACCAAGGCUGGGGAGAAUACCACGCAAAUCAGCGAGUACGAUCCGGCCAUCUAUCGAAUCAAAAAUGACGUGAAAUUCUCCAUCGAAAUCGGCCAAUACGACCGAACACACUACGUCCCCUUCACUGUCCCCACCAACGAUGCCCUCCAGCUCGAGUUCACCAUGCUCUCCCCCUUCCACCGCAUCCCUCUCCACCCAUCCUCCGUGACACCCAACAGCACCGUCUUCAGCACGACAUUCACGACGCCCGACCAACACGGCAUCUUCGCGUUCAAGGUCAACUACAAACGGCCCUUCCUCACCUACAUUGAGGAGAAGAGACAGGUCACGGUUCGACACUUUGCGCACGACGAGUGGCCUCGGAGUUGGGCCAUUAGUGGUGCGUGGCCGUGGAUCGGGGGCUUGUGGAGUGUGAUUCUGGGAUUUGUCGCUUUUGUUAUGGUCUGGCUGUACUGCGAGCCGCCAAAGGAGGAGGCUGAGCGAAGGAGGAAGUUGAGUGUGAGUAGCCCUAGGUAG